AUGACUGAGUCCCCGGCUCCUCCCCGUCCUCCAACCUCAUCCAAUGCCACCAAAAUCCCCCAAGAAAUCAUUAGCGAAGAAGAAAUGGCGCUCAUCGAUGCUGCAUUUGUCGCCGCACAGUUACCCCGUAAUCCGAGUUGCAUUCAAUCCAUAACUCGCACUCUUUUGGGUGGUACGGCACCUGAUAUUGAGGACUCGGGUCGCGUUGACUGGUCGGACUGGGACAGUAGACCCCUGAAGAAGAGAAACAGAGGUAUCGACUCGUUUCUGCAUCGGUUCCGCCGGGAAAGAGGCCUCUCUGUUACUGAUAUUAUUGCCACGGAAUGGUGUGAAAAGCAAAUGGAGUUUUUUCUACUCUUUGGCAAACCCGAAAUCACUAAUGCUAUGAAAGUAGGUAGAGCUCGCCAUGUCGAACUUGAACAAGAGGUUACUAAAAGUGAAAAAGUGCCUGUUAAAUCAAAUGAAGAUAUAUGGGCACAGAAAUUUUUGAAUUUUAUAGUCGGUGCAAAUCAACUGAUCUUUGAUGGAUUGACACGCGAGUUACCAGUAGUAGGCUUUGUGGAAGGCAUAUGGAUAAUAGGAAAAAUCGAUGAAAUUCGAUUACCUCUGACAGAUUCUGAAAGAUAUGCAACAUUGGUUGACACGAAAACUCGUGUGCAUCCAAGACUUCCGAGUGAACCUCAACGAAGGAAUGGAAGGCUUCAGAUGAUGUGCUACAAGUAUCUGUGGGACAGUUUAGUUGAUGAUAAAUUCCCUGCAGAAAAUCUUUUUAAUUACUUUUCAGUGAAUCCUCAUUACAUUUUAUCCCCAGAAAUUAGAGAAAAUACGAGAAAAUCUGGUUUCGCUUCAGAGACUCUAAACGAUCUGGUGGGGUAUUUUCGAAAUAGUUGUCGCCGGCUUCCUCGAGCUAACAACCUACUAAUUUUGAGAUAUGAAUCUCAAGAAGAUCAAUCCUUGCUUGGUGAGGAUCCGUUUGCUUAUGAUUCUGAAUGGCUUACGGAUCAAAUUAAGUCUUCUGUUGAGUUCUGGCUAAACAAAAGAGAAGCCCGUUAUACUCCAACGGAGGAGCGUUGGAAAUGCAAGUUUUGUAAGUAUACUAAAGUAUGUACAGUGAACUCCACCCCUGAUGCUUCUUCACCAAGCUAA